AUGGAACGAGCCUUAAAAGCACAACUGAUGCCUGAAGAACAGUGUGUAGAAUUCGCUACUUAUCAGCUCACUGGGGAAGCAUUACAUUGGUGGCAGAGAACACGACGCCUCCUGCAACAUGGUGAUGAUCUUAUUUCCUGGGAUGCCUUCCGGGUGAAAUUUUAUAAGAAGUACUUUUCGAAUUCUCUAAGGACGGAAAAGGAACAUGGGUUACUGCAACUGAAGCAGGGUGUUAUGUCCGUGUCUGAAUAUACAAACAAGUUUGAGAAACUGUAUCGGUUUUCCCGUAUCUGUCAGGGUGCUCCUGGAGACUUUGAGGAUUGGAAGUGUAUUAAGUAUGAGGGAGGACUUCAGAGUGAUAUUUUGAGCUUCAUUGGACCGACAGAGAUUAGGGUUUUUUUCGAACUUGUGAAUAAGAGUCGUGUCGUUGAAGAAUGCGUGAGGAAGGCUGCUGUGGUGGAGAAUGACUACCAGGAAUCCCACCGCAGGGAGCAUAACCAAGGAUUCGCACCAAGGGGUCAAGAGUUUAAGAGAAGAAGAUGA